GUGUGUGUUGCAUCCAGAAUUUUUGUUAGAAAUAAUAAAUCCGAAGGCGGAAUUAAGAUUUUUAGAGGAGUUUGUUAUUCCCCAUGUUAUUAUUAUUGAUCAAUUUAAUUUGUUAAUUGUAAAAUUACUUUUACAAUUAUGAUGAGUGACGAUGAUCGCGACAUUGAUAUCGAAAGUGAUGCUGAGAACGAUUCAGAUUCACGGCAACACGCCAGAAAUAAUCUAGGCAAUGGAGGUUAUUACUCACAGGCUGAAAAGCGGGCGCACCAUAAUGCACUAGAGCGGAAAAGAAGGGAUCAUAUUAAAGACAGCUUUACAUCGCUAAGAGACUCGGUACCAGCACUUCAAGGUGAAAAAGUGGCAAGCAGAGCACAAAUAUUGAAAAAAGCUGCAGAAUACAUUCUUUUUAUGAGGAGAAAAAACAAUUCCCAUCAGCAAGAUAUUGAAGACCUUAAAAGACAAAAUAGUUUACUAGAAGCACAAAUAAGAGCAUUAGAAAAGGCGAGAGCUACCGGUAACUAUAUGGAUGCACAUGAACUAGGACUCGGCAUCAAAUCCGAAGGUAGCUCACAUGACACAGACAGUUCUGAUGGCGAAGGGACAACGAGAAGAGUGAAGAAACUCAAAAUAAACGGUGUCAACAUAUAAUAUAACUAUAUACAAUAAGUGUUGUGAAAUUAUAGUGUUCUCUCCAGCAAGCAUUACAAGUAUGUAUGUAAUGUUAUAAGCAAUUUUAAUUACAGAUCUAUUUUUGCUAAACGGACAUUUUUUGUCUUGAAAUGUUGAUGUUAGAAUAACAGAAUGUUUUUGGGAUUACUUAGAGUUAGUUAUUGUUUCUUUGCAAUAAUAUAUUUUUGUUAUUUUUGUAAAAAUUGUAUGAACAGCUGUAAACAUUUUAAGUAUUUUUAGUGUUUUUAGUGUUAGCGUGAAGCUAUACCAUAAUACUUAGAAAGUAAGUUUGUGUAACGUUACACUAUGUGAUAAGUACUUGGAUAUAACAAACUAUAAAAUGCAAUAGAUUACAUUCAAGUUAAUAAGUUUUGGGCAUUUUUAUUGUGAUUGAUUGAUUGAUUGUCUUCGUGAGUUUGGUUGCAUAGUGUGAAUCUAAGUCUUGGCAAUGGAACAAGGGGUUGCUAGUACGAUCCUGAUUUUGUACUUAAGUCCGGAUGCUAAGCAGGAAGAAUUUCGAUCGUUAAACUGUCCUUGUCACGUAAAUAUAAUGUGUCUUGCUUCUGUGCGAAAACAGAGACAGGUUAUAAUCGUUGCUUGCUUGCCCUCCGGAUUUUAGUUCUUGAUGAAUUUCUCCAUCUGUAUUGUAUUUAAUGCAUACAUAAGUGAAGGUAAUAGAAAUCAAUAUAGUCAAACCUUGAUAUGCAAGUCAGAAAGUCAUAAUAAUUUCUUUGUCAUCUCCAAAGAUCUGGGAGUACAUGAAAAAAAUUACUCACUAAAAGAAUCGCUUUUAAAACUCAUGAGGAUUAUCGAGAUAGAUAUGAUGUAUCCAACUUGUGCUGUCUGUUAUAGAUUUAUCUCAGUUUUUCACGUUUUGACUAUAUUAAUUUCUAUGGGCCAAUAAAUAUGUCAGCCAUGGCAAUUAAUUAUCAUGUCUCCAUUUCUCGGAUGAACUCUAUUCAGGUAUAUCGUUAUUGUGCGUGAAUGUGAUCACCUACCAGCAUUUUAAGCCCCAAACUGGCCCAUUAAUAAGUAAAAUUGAGUCAUAACUGUGUAACUAUAAAGAUCAAACCUGGGUGAAGAUAACUUCAUGCCAUAACGUUAAAAACUACAGCAAAAUAUUAGAAAUAAAAAAAAAUAUGUGUUAAGAUGUUAUAGAAUUAUUUUAUAGAUAAAAAUAUUUGUACAAAUCUUUGUUUUAAUAUUAAUUGGUUAUCUGUGGAUAAAUCUUUGCGGGGUCACUGAACUCAUGUGUUUACCUGCUGUGUGUCAAUCAAAAAUUAUGUGUAUGUAAUUACAUUCAGGCAAACAAUAUUUUUGUUUUAUUGUCAAACCACUCUACUAAUAAUAAAUGGUAUAACUACCUGCAUUUUUUUAA